AGUAUAAAAUAGCUUAAAAAUAAAUUUAAAAAAAUCCUUCCUGUUGUGAAACGUUUGAUGUCUGUUUGGCGGUUCUCCACUAGAGAGCAGUCGAUUUAAAAAAAACAUUUUUUUUCAGGAAACGAAUAAGAGUAACUUCCGUGUUGUUAGCGGCUUAGCAUCCCAUGCUCACAGUUAACGUGUUUCAGAGUGCUAAUGGUCGAAAGUUGCGGUUUUGUAGCUUUCCUGCAGUUUUUUCGCUCGUGUUAUCUUUUCAGAAUGUAUCGUGACUCCGGUUGUCCGCGCAGUGCCGUGAAUGUCUUUAAAACGCGUGAAUCGCGCGUUUAAACCGAGCUUGACGCGCAUUGUUUACUAAAUAAUAACAUGUAGCUGCAGAUCGGCUGUUCUCUUCAGUGUGUUGACCCCCCCUGUUGUCCCAAUGGGGAAAAGAAAAGACAUGAUCCACCCCAGAUUUCUAGGUGAAGGCGUCUCCAGCCUGCACGGCGCCCACAAGCGUAAACACAAAAAGCACAAGAAGCACAAGAGGAAGCACCACAGCUUCCCCGAGGCUCCGCCGCAGCCCGAGCCUGUCGUGGUGCCUCGCGCGCCGCCGCAGCUCCGGCUCAAGAUCAAGCUGGGCGGCCAGACGUUGGGGACCAAGAGUGUUCCCACCUUCACCGUCCAUCCGGGCGUGGCGCGCCCUCCUUCCCCUCUGAUGAUCAUCGAUAACAAUGUCGACGACGACGAUGACGAUGAGGACGACGAUGAGGAUGAUGACGAGCCCUCCGUGCCUCUGGAGCAGUAUCGGGCCUGGCUCGAUGAAGACAGCAACCUGGCGACGUCCCCGAUGCCCGACAUAGACUCGGACUCCAUGCUGGGGGCGCCGGUGGACGAGGAGGAGCGGUGGCUGGAUGCUCUGGAGAAAGGAGAGCUGGACGACAACGGAGAGCUGAAGAAGGAGGUGGACGAGUCUCUGCUGACCGCCAGACAGAAAGCGCUGCUGCACAAGCAGCAGAGCCAGCCGCUGCUGGAGCUCCCCAUGGGCUACAAGGAGAAGGAGAUGACGGCCGAGAUGAUGCAGAAGCGGGAGGAGCGCGCCCGCAAGCGGCGCCUGCAGGCCGCCAAGAAGGCCGAGGAGAACAAGAACCAGACCAUCGAGCGGCUGACCAAGACCAGCAAGGCCAAGAUCAAGAGCCUGAAGGAGAAGAAGUCCAAGCAGAGCCAGUGUCCCACCGUGCGCUACAGCGACUCCGUGCACGGCGUGGCCAUCUCCUUCCCGGCGGGGGUCCCCGCCCCGGCCCCCGCGCCGCCCGUGGCCCCGCCCCCGGCCCCGCCCGGCUGCGGGGUGAGCGGCUGCUCCAACCUGAAGAAGUACAGCUGCUCCAAGACGGGCGUGCCGCUGUGCAGCCUGGAGUGCUACAGGAGGAACCUGCUGCUGCUGCAGAGCGCCGCCUGACGCCUCCACCCCACGGAACACUCACUCCCCGCUCUUCAUCAAUAUUUAUACAUUCUCUGAUCAUGUAGAAAACAUCACCUGCCUGCGGAGUCACUAUUUAUCAUUUUUAGACCAAUUGUGUUUCUUCCCAGGGUUGAGAAGCCAGAGGAGUUUUCACCAUUUUUCUUUUUGAUGUAAAAAAAAAAACAAAAAGCAUGAGAAAAUCUGUGUUGACUUUCUUUUUUUUAUUAACAACUGAUGUUCAUUUAGGUAGCAAACGGACCAUUUUCCGUAAAAAACAAUCUGUACAAAUAUAAAUUAACAAUAAAUGCGAUACAGUUUUUGAAAAACACCAAUAUAACCUUAGCUGCUUUG